ACUAAAAAGUCAUUGACCGUUUUCUUCGCAGCCGCGGUAAACUUGUCGUUGAAACCUGUGUUCCUGAGCUUUUACAGAUCAUAAAGAAACAAAAUCUAGAACAGCAAUUCUUUCACUUCUUGCUCCCUCUUGCAGUACAACGACAGCUGUAGCGACAGAAGAAAUGAGACCGACAUCAAUAUACUCCACUCUUUUACUAUUCAUAUUUGCACCAGUCGCCCGAUCACAAGGAACUGACGGACAAGCUUCUACUGCCCAAUGCGCUCCAUACCCUGGCGGUGUUUGCUCUGGCUACAUCGAUUAUGACGUGUAUCUACCAGACGGGGCUACGUUCGAACUUAUUGAAGCAGAAUUAGCACCAUUAAAUAACCUGACGGAAUGGCUCGGCGAUAUUUAUUAUCCCUGCGUCGAAGCAUAUCAUCAAUAUUCCUGUCCGCUCAGUUAUCCAAAGUGCGGGACGACUGUGCGAAACGACACUCAAAUAACGACGGUUCAGACGGGAUGUCAAUCAGCCUGUGAGCAUGCAAGAGACGCUUGUAGCGUUUUCUUUGAUAUUACAGGAAAUAUUGGAGCUUUACCCGACUGUAAUGCUAUAUCCCCUCUCACGAAUUUACCACCUCAACCUGAUAGUAAUUGCAAUGCAGUACCUGCAAAAGAUCCUCAGAAGGUUUCGCAAGGAUAUAACGUAUCAGCUGUUCCGGAAGGAUAUGUGCUCUCAGAUUGCACACCACCUUUUAUCAAGGAUCCUCUCGCAAAGGCAGGAACAACUGACACUAUAGAUCCGGUGUACUGUCGCUUCGGCUGUUGUAUUCCUUGCCCGGCUCAAAAUUACUUUUACAACGAAGGCUAUACCGAGAAAGGGUUCCUUGCGACCGACAUUUUAAGAAUCACAGCAGCUGUACUUUCACUCUUUAUUUUUGUAAGCUACCUUAUUCUACCCGACAAGAGAAGACAUCCAACGAUCAUCAUUCUGUUCGUUUCAGCAUGCAUAUUCGUGUUUAGUUCGGUUGCAUUUUUUUCUAUUGGAAAUCCCAAAAGACUUCAAUGCGCUCCCGAUGGAAUACGACAGGGUGCGCAAGAUAAUAACAUUCUAUGUGCAGUACAAGGUGCACUGCUGAUAUUCUCAUCGAUGGGUAGCACCAUGUGGUGCAGUGUGAUGAUUUUCAAUCUCCAUCUGCAUACUGUCUGGAAUAACAACUUUCUAAGGGACAAGUACAUAAUCCUCAACAUUAUCUGCUGGGGCAUACCGGCUGCCAUUAUGAGUGUUUGUCUCGGACUUCAUUUAGUCAAAUUUGAAUUUGCCAAUCUUUGCUUGGUGGAGGUGGAAUACAUUAUGAAGGCUUUCUUCUACCCGCUCGCUGCAAUCGCUUUACCAUCCUUUGUGGCACAUUUUGGUACCUUUGUUUACAUUGGCCGGGUUUCUAUGCGUAUGGGUGUAGAAGCAGACAUGUCGCAGUCGUUAUCCAAUUCAGCAGGCGGGAACUCAACAACCGCAUCACAACAAACGAAACCGCGUAUCCGAAGACAUCGUCAUGUCGUUGCAGCAGUCAAGAUCCAAUGGCGAGCUUUGCUUCUUGCUACAGUAAUGGUUGUGGCAGUUGUAUUUUAUUGGCUCUUUUACAUGAUACAGAUCAGCAAAAUGAUGGAGUUAAAGCACAAUCCGAAAGCGAUAUUCGAUUGGAUAGGAUGUAUGAUGACUCCGGGAAAUCAUCAGAACGAUUGUACUUAUCACUUGGAAGGAUACUUACCGCCGUACGCAUUGAUGAUAACAGCCGAGACACUUGUCAGUAUCAUUGGCAUUUCCUUGUUCUUUAACUUCACUAAGCGUUCGUUGCUACGGGAAUGGAACGAUUGGAUCUAUGAUGUUCGUCUAUCCUUUGGCAAGCGGGGGCGAGUUGAGAAGAACGGUGACCAAUUCUUUGCUUUGUAACAUAUUUUUAUGCUUUCCAACUAUUAUCGUAUACAAUUUAUAAUUUAUUCUUCAUUUAGUAUGUUUCCCUCAAUAUUUUACCACUGCUACUCGUGUAACACAAUCCCAAACGACCACUAGCUCCAAUCACUUAAUAAAAGAACAAACAUAUUUUUCUCUCUUUUGUUUUGGUUCCAACAAGUAGUUGAGGUGGUAAGUAGUUUUAUUCUUGAAUCAAUGAUAACAAAAAUGGUGUUGGAUUUAUUCCUCAUCCUCUUCGUCAUCACCACCUUCAGCGGCCUUUGCUCUCUUUCUCUUAACGCGACCAGCGCGACCACCACCGUAGGGGGAGGUCAAGGCGAAGUCGAUGUGCUUUUGCGAGUCC